AGUGCCUUCAGAAAUUGGAGGUAUGAAAAAUCUAAUUGGCUUGUACCUAUCUCAAAAUAAACUCAGUGGUCCAAUCCCUCAUUCUCUAGCUAAUCUAAGUAAACUAGAGGUUCUCUAUUUGGCUCAAAAUCAAUUUUCUGGUCCCAUACCUCAACACUUAGGUAGCCAAGCAUCCAUUGUAAAAAUCCAGUUGUCUAACAACCUCUUUUUUGGAACUUUACCUCAACAAAUAUGCUGAGGACUAUCACUUCAAAAAUUAACUAUUGAGAACAAUAGUUUCAUGGGUUCUAUUCCUGACUUGAGAAAUUGUACAAGUUUAAGGAGAGUUCGACUUGAAAACAACCUAUUUAUAGGAAAUAUAACAGACAGUUUUGGUGUAUAUCCACAUCUUUCUUACAUUGAUUUGAGUCACAACAAAUUAUACGGGGAGUUGUCACCAAAUUGGGGACAAUGUAAGAAUUUGUCAGUGCUAAAGAUUUCUGGAAACAAUAUUAGUGGGAAGAUACCACCUGAGGUUGCUCAAUUAACUCAACUUGGACGACUUGACCUUUCUUUCAACAAACUUUCUGGAGAGAUACCGAAGGAAUUCGGUCUCUUAUCCACUUUGUUCCACUUGGAUUUAAAUGACAAUCAGAUUUCAGGGCAUGUACCAGUUGAAAUUGGCAAAUUAAUUGAUUUGAAGUUUCUAGAUCUCUCAGCAAACAGGAUAACUGGAUCAAUCCCAACACAGCUUGGUCUAUGCUCCAAAUUGUUGUCAUUAAAUUUGAGCUGGAAUUCAUUGAACGGUAUCAUUCCAUCUGAAAUUGGUAAUCUAGUAGUUCUAAAAGAGCAAUUGGACCUUAGUCAUAACUCAAUCAGUGGGUCAAUCCCACCACAACUUGGAAAGUUGAUAAUGUUGGAAAUGUUGAAUCUAUCCCACAAUAUGCUCACAGGUUCUAUACCUCUUUCUCUCCAAGGGAUGGUUAGCUUAUCAUAUCUUGAUCUGUCCUAUAAUGAGUUGGAGGGUGUUGUUCCUAACAGUAGGGUUUUCAAAAAUGCUUCACGUCAAGCAUUUAGAAACAACAAAGGGUUAUGUGGUGAACUUCAAGGUGUACCACCCUGCAAUCGAUCUCAUUCGAGCGAUGGAUCAAAUAAAAAUAAACAUAAAAUCAUCAUAUCCAUCAUUGCUUCUUUGAUAGGAAUUGUAUUGCUUUCAUUUGAAAUUAUCGGUGUCCUCUUCCUCAUGCAAGAAAAAGUGAAAAAAGGAAAUAUAGAAAUAGUAAGAAGAAACCAUGGCAAUAUAUUUUCAAUAUGGAAUUUCGAUGGCAAUAUUGCUUAUGAGGACAUUAUUCAAGCAACAGAAGAUUUUGAUGCUAAAUAUUGCAUUGGAACUGGAACUUAUGGGAGUGUUUACAAAGCAGUGCUACCUACAAACCAUGUAGUAGCCUUGAAGAAGUUUCAUCCAUUUGAAGGUGAGGUGAUAGUUGAUGAGAAAAGCUUUGAGAAUGAGAUACGCACAUUAACAAAUAUAAAGCAUCGGAAUAUUGUCAAACUUUAUGGGUUCUGCUCCCAUCCACGAUGCAUGUUUCUUGUUUAUGAGUACAUGAAAAAGGGAAGCUUAGCACGAAUCUUGAGAAAUCAAUUAGAGGCUGUGGAGUUGGAUUGGCUAAAAAGAGUAGAUGUCAUCAAAAGCAUGGCCAAUGCUUUGUCUUACUUGCAUCAUGAUUGUGUUCCACCAAUAAUUCAUCGAGAUAUUUCAAGCAAAAAUAUUUUGUUAGACGUUGAACUUGAGGCUCGUGUAUCUGAUUUUGGCAUUGCAAGACUAUUAGAGCCAGACUCAUCUACUUGGACAUCACUUAAAGGAACUCAUGGAUAUAUUGCUCCAAAGCUUGCUUACACUAUGGUUUUCACUGAGAAAUGUGAUGUAUAUAGUUUCGGAGUAGUGGUAUUAGAAACAAUCAUGGGAAUCCAUCCGGGGGAGCUCAUCUUAGCUUUAACAUCACUAGUUGGCCAAAAGAUGCCAUUAAGGAAUGUGUUAGACCCCUGCCUCCCAUUUCCAUCGGAUCAAAAUAUUGUAAAUGAUGUGAUUUCUGUUGUAAGAAUAGCACUUGCAUGUUUACGUAGUCACCCACAAUCCCGCCCAACCAUGCAUCAAGUAUCAAAAGAGUUGCUCGUUCUCCGACCAUUUGUGGGGCAUUUUCAUACAAUUACUCUGGGUGACCUAAAUGAUAUUGAAAUAGAAUAA